AUGUGUUCUGCCAAUAUGUCGUUAUCUGAGAGAUUCCCUGACCCACUGACAGUGUUUAGUGCACGUCUUCCACACGAAGCCCAAUGUCUGCUCACAGACAUCGCUGUGCUUCCUGGUGCAUUUAUUGUCAUUGAUAACGAAAAUAAAAGUGUCAAAAGAUUCAACUCGGAUAUGACGUUAGUCGAUGUUGUCAAACUAGAUGAUCCCUGUGGCGUCACCAAACUUUAUUUAUCCUCUCACGUGGCUGUGACUCAACCUCAGCAACAAGUCAUCACUUUCAUAUCCGUGGAAACGGGCGGCAAAAUGUCUAUCAGUUCUUCCAGACAUACAAACCGGAAGUACCAGUCUGUAUCCUGUCUGGACGAGAUGCGCCUCGUGGCUGGAUGUUGUGAGUUAGGCCAUGGAUCUGUUGAUAUCUUGACUUUUGAAGGCGACGUGCUCUUUUCUAUAGAAAGAGAUGACAAUAAAUCACGUAUUUUUCGCACCCCGGCGAGUCUGACGUGCUUUGCUGGUCGGUAUGUACUAGUGUGUGACUCCGGCCGGAGGGAACUGGUGUGUGUCACUACUAAAGGAGAACUUAAAUUUGUUCACGACCCUGAAGGGACUCCUAGCGGAGUGGGCGUGACAACGUCUGGUGACGUGUACAUGUCUGUUUAUGACAGAGGUGUAGUCCAAAAACUAGACGUAAACAUGGGGACCACGUGUGACGACUACCUACCGGAAAUGGAUAUGAAGUUUCCCCUAGCAACAUGUUUGUCUGACGACAGGACAAUUGUAAUCACGGAAGAAAUGCCAAGCGAUAGGAUAAUGAUUGUGAACUUAGAUGCCUACGAAAAGACGAGUAGGCGGAGUCCAGCGGUGAAAUUAUCCAAUAUUCAUUUGACAGUAGACUAG